AUGUCAACUAUACCUUCAACCCAACAAGUCAAUGGCCAAGUUAACGGCCACCUCAGCGGCAAAGCAAGCCCCGAAUUCGACGUGAUUAUCGUGGGAGCUGGGCUUUCAGGAUGCUACUCCCUCAUCAAAAUGCUUCAGUUGGGCCUCCGUGUCAAGUGCUUAGAGGCAGGAACAGGAGUUGGAGGCACGUGGUACUGGAAUCGCUAUCCAGGUUGCCGGUUCGAUUCUGAAAGCUACACUUAUGGCUUCAGCUUUUCUACAGAAUUGCUCAACGAAUGGAACUGGACAGAGCAUUUUGCUCCCCAGCAAGAAACAGAACGCUAUAUCAAAUUCAUGGCGGACAAAUUCAAUAUCCGUCCACACAUCCAGUUUUCCACUCGAGUUGAGUCAGCACACUUCAACGAGAGCGAUAUGACCUGGGUCUUGAAUACUGAUACUAGUGAAUUCUUUAUUUCCCGGUUCUUCAUUACCUGCAUCGGUCCACUGUCAGCUUUCACGCUUCCCAGGUAUCCUGGACUGGACGAUUUCGAGGGACAGUCAUGUCAUACAGCUCGUUGGCCAAAAGGCGGCAUCGAUUAUGUCGGGAAGCGAGUAGCGGUUAUUGGCACUGGUGCCACUGGAGUUCAGACCAUACAAGAGGUCUCAAAAACUGCCAGCCAUCUUACCGUGUUCCAACGCCGACCAAACUGGUGUACUCCGCUUCAUAACAGCAAUAUCACUUCCGAAGAAAUUCAGAAGAUCAAAAAGGGCUAUCCAGAACUUUUUGAACAUUGUCGAGGAUCGUUCGGAGGCUUUAUACAUCGCGCAAGCCCGCUGUCCGCCCUUGAAGUGACGCCUGAAGAGAGAGAAAAGUUCUGGCAGGGUCUGUACGAUUCACCAGGAUUCGGGAUCUGGAUGGGCAACUACAAAGACGUAUUGGUUGACCGAAGAGCAAAUGGACUCCUCAAUGAAUUCAUAGCCAAAAAGAUCCGCGAAAGAGUCAAGAACCAAGAGACCGCCGAGAAACUGAUCCCUAAAGACCAUGGAUUUGGUACUCGCCGGGUGCCCCUUGAGACCAAGUACUACGAAGUCUACAACCAAGAUAAUGUAGACUUGGUUGACCUGAAAGAGACUCCGAUUGAUCGCAUCACACCAAGAGGCAUCUUAACUGCCGACAACAAAGAACACGAGUUCGAUGUGAUUAUUUAUGCAACGGGCUUCGACCCAGUGAUGGGCGCUUUUGAUAUAAUCGAUAUCCGAGGUUUGAACGGACGGCGAUUAAAAGAGACAUGGAACGGCGGACCGAAGACGUACCUAGGUUUGACAGUCGAAGGAUACCCUAACAUGAUGAUGGUCAUGGGGCCGCACUGCGCAUUGGGUAACAUUCCCCUCAGUAUUCAGUAUAGCGUUGAGUGGAUCGCUGGGCUCGUGCGCUAUGCCCACGACAACAACAUUGACUACAUCGAGCCCAAGUCGGAAAGUGUGGAGAAUUGGACAAAUAUUGUGAGAGAAAUAGCGAAGGGGUUGGUUUCGAACGAAAUUGAUUCCUGGAUGACGGGAGUUAACAGCAAUGUGGAAGGCAGGCAGAAAAGAAUUAUUGCUCGGUACAGCGGUAGUUGCCCUUCGUAUCGGGCACGAUAUGAGGCAGAGGCUCAGGGUAAGUACCAAGGUUUGAAGCUCGCAACAUGA